CCCAUACUCUGGAUCGGCAUCGUCGUCGUUCUCGCCAUGCUGCCUGCAUCCAUCCAUGGCUGCUGCUGCGGAGUCAACUCAGUGUCGAAUCCCGUCGACGCCAGCCAUGGGGGACGACUCGUGACGUCUCGCAGCCAGCGUUCGCUCGCCCUCUGUGCCGUCCACGUCGAGCAUCAUGUAUGAAGCAGAAUCAAUCCGUGGUACACGCCGCGGGAGUCCGUCAGUCCAUGGUGGUGCUGACUCUGGCGGCUUGACAGCCAGACAGCCAGGCAGACUGCUGCCCAACCCUAGGCCGGUGCACGUUGGUUAGCACAGCAACAGUACUGUAAUGUAUAUGACAAGCUUCAUGCAGCCCCCUGUCCUGCCCAAUGCUCGUCCAAAGGUUGAUGAACAGAACGAAAAAAAAAAGACGCUGAAAUUUUCCGUGCAUAUCUGCGGCCCGCUCCUACUGGCAGGAAGAGAAAUAAAGACUCUGGCGGGACGGAGAAGGCAGCCCUCUUCGUCAUUCCAGCCUGACCCUACCCACUCACCCACCCCCAUCCCAUCCCAUCCAUCCACCCAUACCUCCGCUGCCCUCCACUCCCUCCCUCCCCCUGCCCUGCUCUGCUCGACCUUACCCUACUAAUCCCAUCCAUUCCCGUCCUUCCUUUCUUCCUUCCUGCCUGACCCUACCCUACUCUACUCUGAGCCGCCGCCGCCGGUCCCACCUGCUCUUCGACCCCAUCCUCCACCGCACAUCCACUCUCUGUUCUUGCAUCUCGAAACCUUCGCAUCCUCUGUCUUGCUAUGCUCCGAUGCCCGUGCCUCUUGACCUCCACCAGUCGACUAACGAGGCUUGUUCGUCUUUCCGCGAGUGAUCGCCGCCUUGGGCCCCAUUUUACCCGUUCGCUCGUCUCUAUCGAUAAUAGAUAGUUCCCCCUCUGCUCCCCCCUCAAAAAAAAAACACACCUCGCUCGCACCUCUCUGCUGUGCACCACCAUGGCCGACACGGCCCACCGCGACCUCAACCCCAAAUGCGAGGAUUACCACUCUGACGAUGGUAGCGACCAUGGCGUAGUCCUCGAAGAGAGAGACGACCUUUUUCGUGCGUCUCCCGUGCCUACCGCUAAUGUCGCUGCAAAGCGCUCCGAGUUGGGCAAGUCGGGCAUUGCCAGCGACAUGCAGAGCGACUCUGGUGCGAGAAGCCCGCCGACUGCUUCCACGAGCGCUGCUCAAACCCCAAUCCCACCUCCCAGCCCGGCUGCCGCCCCAACACGCCGACGACAAAACACCUUGGUAGCCGACGAGAGGCAAUCCACCAGCCAGAGCAGUCCCCGCAAGCCGUUGCAGCGCGCUCCCUCCACUGCUUCGAGGCGGCCAUCCACGAACCGCAGGCCGUCUACCGUUGCUACAGACUCCGCCGAGUGCACCAAUCCCAAUUGCAGGAAAUGCGGCCCUAAUGCUCUUGCCUACCGUAAUCGCAGACCCGACUCGGCCCUCGACUCCUCCUACUCUCAAGUAUCUGAAGUGCCUUCGCAACAUUCGGAACCGAUCCCUUCUACCACCUACUCGUUUCCGCCUUCUCCGACAUAUAACCGGCAUUAUAUGCAAGGGCCAGCUAUUGUCCAACCCGCGCAGACACGUCGACGGUCGUCUUCCACCGCUGGUACCCGUCGCCCUGCGACUUACUAUGACAACUCCGACCAGGGCUACUACGGCCAGGGUACCAUGUCCGCAGGCUACCCGGGCACUCCCCAGGAACAUGGCCCACCUCCUGCUCUUGCACGAUACACCAACAUGCCUCACCCUCAGAUGCAGCACCCUCAAGUACAGCACCCUCAAAUGCCUGCUUACAUGAUGCCACCACCCAAUGCUCCCUACUAUGCCAACGGCCAGCCGAUGGCUCAUCAGACCUCCCCUCCCUACGAGCAUCAACGCCCACCUCUGUCAGCUCGCAACUCUUCCAAUCCCAAUUACCAAACCCGUCGGCCUGUAUCUGGAUAUGGCCCUGCGCAGAUUGUCCAACCAGACAGAGCGGAGCAGAUGCCAUCUGCUCGAUACUCCAGUAACGUUCCAAAGGCUUCUGGACGGGGAGAGCUCCAGGCUCAAGACGAGUCUGAAUCAUCAUCAGAGGAAUACUCCUCCGAGGAAGAGGCCCGGCCCCGUCCUAAGAUGAAGGCCAUUCAAGAUGCACGACCGCCGCUUCGCAAGGCAAUUACAACCACUGUGAUCAACGAUGUACGCAGUGGACGGCGUGGCUCAAUCUCUCAGCCGCAACCCGACCGCCGAAGAGAGCGGGAUGUCCAAGCAAGCUCAAAAGCUCGCAACAGGGCUCCGUCAACCACUCGUCCAGCCCUGGUGCAAAACCCCAAAGCUCUGUCUUUCCCUCGCCAAUCCAAAUCUAAUGUCGUGGUCGAGAAUCCCAAGACGCAACGCCGUAUGUCUUAUCAGCAACCUUACGAACCCGAGUACGAAAGGGAGCCACGCAAGCAUCGCAAUUCCAAGCUAUCUUUCCAAGACUAUGAAGAUCAAGUGGUUGAACGCAAGCGACAAAGUAGGACCCCAAAGCCCUAUCACGAUGAUCAGUACAACAGAGACUUGGAUAGAGAGGUCGAACGCAGGCGAGCCAACAGGAACUCGAAGAUCUAUCAGGAGGUGUCUCAGUUUGAGCUUGAGCCAAAGCGCCGGAACCGGGAAUCGAAGAUCUAUCGCAACGAUCCCGAACCAGAGCGACGCCGGCAUAGAGACUCUGUACUCAAUUACGACUCCGAGUACGAUGAUGAAAGCAUCGAUCCAGAACCUGAACGUUCUCGCCGAGGAACCAACAGUGGUGCCCAUAAGAGGGAGGAAUACGCCGAAGUGAAGAAUCGACACAAAGUCAGUGAAGCUGAAGCAUAUCAGCAACGUACCCGCGGCAGCAACGACCCUCUCAAUGACAUAGUUCACAAAGCCGCUCUGAAGAGGCAAUCGCGCGUUCCUUCCGAUGGCGCUUCUAGUCGUAGCGAUGACAAGAAGAGCCGUGUCAGUCGAGCUCAGACUUCGAUGACAAGCGGUGGCAAUGGUGAGAUUCGCCUUCGGGUUGAUGCUUCGGCCCCCAUCAGCGUUUCUUUGAACGGCGACAUGAAUGGCCGUACCCUCCAAGUGGUCCCUGGCGAAGAUGGAACGGCCGAUAUCGUUAUUGGUGGAUCUCAAGAAAACGAGACAGUUUACCGAAGUGAACGAGGAAGCGUGCAUGGUGGCAAUCGCAAGUCUCUCACUGCACCUGGGAACCCCCGGCGGGAUGCCGAAGAGCAAUCCAUCAGGAGCUCGCGCAGCGGCAAUUCUAGAAGGGAGGCAGAACGAAGAGAGGCAGAGCGUCCAUCACGCGGUGGCGGCGUGCUUCGACGUCGCACAGACUUCAAUUGA